CUAAGAGGAAGAGACAUCACCCAUAAGCAUAUUCAAGAAGACGUAUUCUGUGGCUGGGUAAAAGAAGGUCCUGAGGAUUAUAAUCAGAAGAAAAUACAAGGAAGUUUGGUUACUUUUUCAUCAGUGGAUCUUUCAGAGUGACGCAGGUGACUUGCAGGGUUAGUUGGUGACCCACAGAGCCACACACACAGCUGGCCCAGGAUUUGGAGAAGCAGAUGGAGAAGACUGGGCUGGAGCAAGAGGGACAGUGGACUCACAGCUGCCACACACCAACGAGCCCUGACUAUCUGAGAUCAGCCGAGAUGACUGAGGUGAUGAUGAACACCCCAUCCAUGGAGGAAAUAGGCCUCAGCCCCCGAAAGGAUGGCCUUUCCUAUCAGAUCUUCCCUGACCCGUCAGACUUCGACCGCUGCUGCAAACUGAAGGACCGUCUGCCCUCCAUCGUGGUGGAGCCCACAGAGGGGGAGGUAGAGAGCGGGGAGCUCCGGUGGCCCCCCGAGGAGUUCUUGGUCCAGGAGGAUGAACAGGACAACUGUGAAGAGACACCGAACGAAGACAAGGAACAGUAGGGUCCACGCCGGCUCCCACAGGGUCACACCAGACAGCAUCUGUACCUGAACUGUGUUCUUUCCCGCUACCAUGGAAGGAGAGCAUGAGCCACAAUAGUUCUGAAAAAGUCAGACGAUGGCUUCCGUUUUGCACCUGCAAAUCACUGAGUUGGUUUUCUUUUCUUUUCUUUUCCUUUUUUGAGAUGUCGGGCAGUGUAGCCCUCUGCGACAACACGCCGGACCUUUGAGAAAGGAAGCUGCUUAGAGCAGGGGUUGGGGGGUGCGGGGAGGCGGGCGUCUUGGAGAUCUUUAUCUGAACUCAAGCAGGCUGGGGGCAGCCGUGGGAUUCCAGUGGGCUCUGGGGGCGGGCUGGGAUGGGGGGAUGUGCAAAGCUAGCAAGGAACGUCUGGGGCAAGAAAACAAACAGGAGAUGAAAGAGAAAAUACACAUUUUAAAGAAAACAUUGAGCAGAGAAGUGCAGCCAGGAAGUACCUACCCAGCAAGCAUUCGCUCUGGCUGCUGGGACAUCAGACAACAAAGUCUUCAUCUCUCUCUAGUUUUGCCCACUGCCAGCCUUUGUUUUUGUUUCAGGUGUGUUGGUCUGUAAUGGGGAGGCAGGCAGAGGAGAGCAGUGGAGGCUGGCUACCUGCAAAGCCAGCUGGAGGUGAUGCCGAUGCCAGGAACGCCUCCCGUUUCCUUCUCCAGAUCCUCCCCUCAGGCCCUAGCAGGUGCGUGUGCCCCCGUAAUCUGGAGGUUUUUAAAGAGGCUGCAAUGUUGAGCGCUCCCCUGAUUUAUCCUUUUUGCCUCCCAGCCCUUCUGGAAGUAGCGAGAGCCCUUCCCACCCUUGUUGGAGGGCCGAUGUAGAUGCUUGGACACCAAGGUCCAUCCCCACCUGCCCCCCCACACACUUGCUCUCCCUUUGGGCAGAGGCACAGAGUGGUGGGCUCCCCCAGGCUGGCCCUUCCUUCUCCUCAUCUCCACCCUCCCAGCCCUGGCACAGCGGUCAGGCCAGGUGGCUGCCAGCCCUGCCGCAGAUUCCAGCCAGCCUGGCCAGCCACAGCACCCAUUCCCGCGUGGGAUCUUGGCCUCUUUUUCCGGUGGGAGCUGAAUGGCGAAUGGAGGAUGCUUUUUCUGUUUCUUGUGGGGGAAGUGAGCUUUAACGCAGGUCCUGAGAGCUGGCAGAGCCUGGGAGUUAUUGGAUGGCAGUGACAGGCUCUCACGCAGCAGCCUGGGGAUUGAAUUUGAAACUAAAGGGUGUCAUGAGGUCUUGGGCUUCUUCCGCGGUGUGUCUGGAUGCAGGGGACAGGACGAGGGAGCAUCAUCCCUCCUCACCUCCCACCUGACCCCUGCAAGGGCAAGUUGCAAGAGAAGGCUAGCUUGGACUUAGAGCUUCUCGUCAUAGUUAGGAACCAUCUGGAGCUGCAUAGAUUGCAGGACAAGCCCUUCAGACCGUCUCUAUCUCAGAGCAGGACAGUGCAGCCAAGAGGUGUGCUCAAGACCCUCCCUGGGGCUGUACUCGGCCAACGGAGGCACCCACCGUGUCCCCUCGGGGCUCCAGUCAGUCCAGCUUGAUCCCAGCUGGGACAUGCGUGUAGAGUUGUACUUAA